AAUGCAAUAAAAAAACUCCUCAUUUUAUCUUGUUUUCAAUUCACCUUAUAAAACAUCAAUUUCUAUAUCAUCAAAAAUAAAUAAAUAGCUAAAGAUGUGCUUUGUUGGUCUUUUUGGUUAUUUUGAUAAUAGAAUGUUGAUUCAAUUUAAUAAAAAAAAAAUUAACGCCGGAAGUGCGCAUCUAUUUUGUUGGCUAGCUGUGAGCCAGCGCCGGUAGGUCGCCAUAUUUGUGGCGAACAAAGUGUUCAGUUAAAUUAUCGUCGUCCACGACGAAAGGGAGUGCACUACUCCCUUUUUUAAUUUGGAAAGUUUUUAAUUGUGUAUUUACCGCUAGGUAAACAAUUGUAUAGUACGGGGAGUUGUAUUUUCUUUAUUUUGUAAUCAUAAACAUGGCUUUCUAAAAUGUCGGCCUUGUACGUAAUAUCGUUACCUCCUCGCGGAGUAUCCCGCUUAGUUUUUGUUGAUGUUGGAAGAAUCAAGGAUGGACAAAAAAUUAAAUCGAUCAACUCAACCACAGUCGAGGGCAUCAGCCGUCGACUGUAAAAAGCACUCCGAUUUGACUCACAAGCCUUGGCCCCGCAACAAUAAGAAACGUGAAGGUCCUGGUGGCACACCUAAAAAUGAACCAUUUCGGAAAAAUGUAUCUGUACCAAGAGGUAGGGGUUCAGGUGACAGAAGAUCACGUCCUCGUGAAUCAGCCAGUUCACAAAUGGAUGGAACUCCGAACUCCAGGCUAGGGGAUGAUGAUGAACCAGAAAUAGGCUCAGUUUUUGUGCCUGGCAGUAAGAAACAGAACUUCAAUCAUUUGUUGAAUUUUAUGUACCCCACUAGGGGUAACAUAGAACGCAGUGAACGGCGAGGACCACUGUUGCAACGUCAACAAUUCCACCGUUUAUCUUUUCGACAAGAUCAUGAUCUGUACCUAAGAGCUUAUUGUCAAUUUGUAGUGAAGGAAGAUUAUGAUUACAAGAUAAACUCAUUGGAUCCUGAUGUGCCAAUUAAAUGGGAUGAAAUUGAAGAAAUUGUUGUAAGAAGCACUGGAAAGUCUGAAUGCCCUAUAUGUUUGGGGACCCCAGUAGCUGGCCGUGUAGGUCUCUGUAGCCAUGUGUAUUGUUGGGCAUGUGUUCUUCACUAUGCUGCAGCGCAUGAAAAACAACCUCCACCUUGUCCAGUGUGUACUGCACCCCUCAAUGUUAAAGACAUGAAACCUACUAAAAUGCUGCAGUGGGAUGCUCCUGCUGAGGAGGUAACAAUGCGACUUGUUCGUCGCCUGCGUGGCUCUACAAUAGUGGAAGUUGCACCACUGCGGGGUCAGGUCACUGAUUCUAUCCCCUCAUCUAUUUUGCCAAUAGAGAAUAUCCAUAGUGCACCAUUUUGUAAAAUGUUUUCUGCAAACAAACAUCAGAUUCAUGAAAUUUUAAAAAGGGAAAGAAAUGAAAUAGAAACCCAAAUAUUGGAAGAAAUAGAUACCACAGAAAUAGUUUAUCUAGAACAGGCUUUGCAAAUGCUUAAACAGAAAGAAGAUAAAAUUGGACAAAAAAAUGAGAUGCUGAAAAUUGAUGUUGAAAAUAAUGAAGUCCCUCCUCCUAUUGUGUAUGAAAAGCAGGAGGUUAAUGAAAACAAACUUGAUUGGUUUAAUGUUACUGACGAUGGAGCUGCUUGUAUGGAAGAUAUUCAAAAUGAAAUAGCAAAUAUUGAUUUCAAAGAAACCAAAUGGAACCCUGAUGCUCCUGAAUUCUCUCUAAAUGAGGGUACUACUAUACAGGCUUCAACUCAAGAUGGAAUAAAUGAUGUUUUUCUAUCAGAAACUGAUAAUACGGACACAAAUAAAUACAUAACAGAUAUUGACAAACAAAAUCAGGCAAAAUAUUUUUAUUUCUAUCAAGCUGAAGACGGACAGCAAGUGUUUUUGAACAGCUUAAACGUGCGUAUUCUGAAUGAGUCUUGGGGCGCACUUGCUGCUGCACCUACAACCAUCACUGGAAGGGUUCUACACCGUGAGACAUUGCCCCUGACGGAACAGACAAGAAAACACAUGCCAUAUACAGCGCAUUUGCCUCUCUAUUGCUCAGUAGAUAUAGUGGAGUUAGAACUACAACCUCCGUAUGUGACAGCAAAUGCACUUGAAAAUUUCACUGAGGAAUUAUAUCGGCGAGCUCGAGUCCGGGCCCGCCACGAACGGGACGAAAGGCGCCGCGAGCGCGCAUACCGCCGCCAGAUCGAAGGACCUCCUAAGCCGGACUUCUCCUCUGAUGAACUGUUUCCGCCAGCUUCGUCAUCAUUUUCCAGCGCUGGAGUCGACCCGCCGCUUGCCGAAGAACCGAGCCCCUCUACGAGCAUGAGCUCGCCGCCUCCAUCAGGCCUGUCCUUUGCAAAGAUGGCUGGUAGCAGUGGCACAUGGCGCGUUCGGCCAACUGUCUCAGCUCCACCGCCACCGCCGCCGCCUGACGAGGAAGGCACGGGCCCACGUGCGCUCAACCUUAGCGACGCAAUCGAGGCAGCCUUACACGCUGCACCGGUGCCCUCAACUAAGAAGAACAAAAAGUCCAAACAAAAAGUGCUUUUUGCCACUGGCAUGCAACGUGCUGCCUAGUUUUGUGCAAUCUUUGCACUCUAUUCCUGGCUAUAUUUCUACUAAUACUGCUACAAUAUGUAUAUUAAUAGUAAUUGUUUAUUCAUUCAUUCAGGGCAAUUCGAAUAUUAUUAAAUUCCAUCAUAAGUUUAUAAUGAUAAUUAAAUCCUUUUUAUUGGACACAUACAUACACUGCAAUACUGGUGUAUCAUGUGAAAUACUAGGUUGGAGUGCAAAAGGACUUAUUUUAUUACCUCUCUCCCUAAUUUUUUUUACAGUUGAGUAAAAUAAUUUUAAAAUCAAUAUUUUAAACAUUAGCAUUAUCUGUUCCAAAUUAAAAUUAAUAAACUCGCAUUGUAUAGUACAUGUUGCAUUAUUAAAUAUUUGAAAAUCAUUGAUUGGAUUUACACAAAAAAAAAUGGUGGUUGGUAGUGUUUGAAAUUUAGUUCAAAAUAUUAAAAUACAAAAAAAUACUACAUGUCAUGUUUUUAUUUCAUGUAUCUUUAAAUUAUUUAAUAUAUGAACAGGAAAAAUAAUAUAUGCUUUGUUCCAAAAAAAUUAUAAUGUUUAGUAUGUGUUGCAUAACCUGGCUUAUUCUUUCUUCUAAUAUUUUUUAAAUAAAAAUUAUGUUCAAAUAG